AUGUGUCGUCCACCUAACUUUUUUUUGNUGCGUGACCCGGUUUAUUAUCGAUGCAAUCCUAUGUCUCACCACCGUAUUGGGGAUAAGUAUAAGAUAUAUCCUACAUAUGACUUUGCUUGCCCGUUUGUUGAUUCCCUUGAAGGUAUAACGCAUGCCCUUCGGUCUAGUGAGUACCAUGACCGGAAUGCUCAGUACUUUAAAGUUCUGGAUGACAUGGGAAUGCGACAGGUUCAGCUUUAUGAGUUCAGCCGGUUAAAUCUCGUUUUUACACUUCUCAGUAAGCGUAAGCUUCUCUGGUUUGUCCAGGAGAAGUUGGUUGAUGGGUGGGAUGAUCCACGCUUCCCGACAGUCCAAGGAAUUGUUCGUAGAGGUUUGAAAAUCGAGGCUCUGAUUCAGUUCAUUCUCGAGCAGGGGGCUUCAAAGAAUCUAAAUUUGAUGGAAUGGGACAAACUUUGGUCUAUUAAUAAAAGAAUAAUUGAUCCUGUGUGCCCUAGACACACGGCUGUAAUUGCAGAGCGUCGUGUACUAUUUACCUUAACGGAUGGUCCUGAUGAGCCGUUUGUUCGCAUGAUACCAAAGCACAAGAAAUUCGAAGGUGCUGGAGAAAAGGCAACCACUUUCACCAAGAGCAUUUGGAUGGAGGAAGCUGAUGCGAGUGCGAUAUCUGUUGGUGAGGAAGUAACUUUGAUGGAUUGGGGAAAUGCCAUAGUAAAAGAAAUCACAAAGGACGAGGAGGGUCAUGUCACUGCGUUAUCUGGCGUUCUGAAUCUCCAAGGAUCUGUAAAGACUACAAAGCUGAAGCUCACAUGGCUUCCUGACACCAAUGAAUUGGUUAAUCUCACAUUAACAGAGUUUGAUUAUCUAAUCACCAAGAAGAAGCUGGAAGAUGAUGAUGAAGUUGCUGACUUUGUGAAUCCUAACACUAAGAAGGAAACAUUGGCACUUGGUGAUUCGAAUAUGAGGAAUCUGAAAUGUGGAGAUGUGAUUCAGCUUGAGAGGAAAGGCUAUUUCAGAUGUGAUGUGCCUUUUGUCAAAUCGUCUAAGCCCAUUGUCCUAUUCUCUAUUCCAGAUGGUAGAGCGGCUAAGUGAUGAAUGAAACGUGGCACAGAAGAAAAAAAAAACUCUAUUUUUGAUUUUCCCAUUUUAUGAACAUUUGUGUUGAGAAAUUUGCUCGUUAGGGUUUUAAGACAAUGAAAAACAGAGCUUUUAAUCAGUUCUUUGCUUAAUUUUUCAUCUCAUUAUAAUUUAAAGUUGCAAACUU